GGGGGGACCGGAUGCAGCGCACCCUGACGUCGUAGAGUUAAGGAUACCGCAAUGUUUGGCCUUAUGAAAACACAAGUGGCCCCAGCGUGGUAAAUUUAAGGCCCGCGGGAUGGCUGCUAGACCUGCAGCCGGACCAAGUAGCUCCCAGACGGACAUCAUAGAUCUUUACAGUGACCUCAAUCAAAACGACGAGGAUUUGGACCGAAUUGCUGAAGCAAAUGAACUUUUUGAUGCUGUUCUAACUGGCUCAGUUGAUCUGGACAAGAAAGUCACUCCAAAUGUGAUGCCUCCAAACAAGACACUACCUAAUGAUGGGCCAACAACUGUGAAAAUACCAGGAAAAUACUCUCUGAGAAGACUGUCUUUAUAUAUUGGAAAUUUCCCCUGGUGGACAUCUGAUAAGGACAUCACGUGCAUGGCUCAAACGUUGGGUGUGAAGGACAUCAAAGAGAUAAAAUUUGCUGAGAACAAAAUUAAUGGCCAGUCUAGAGGCUUCGCAGAAGUGGUGGUUACCUCAGAAGAGUCAUUAAAAAUAUUAUUGGAAAAAAUACCCCACUGUGAGCUUAAUGGGGAUAAGAUCGACUGUCGCUUUGCAACUCGCCAUAACCUUGGUGUGUUUGAGGACAUCGCAAAUAAACGUAUACCCAUGCGUGUUAAUUCCAAAGAUCCAAAGGAGUCCGAUUCUUCGGAUAAGAUUCCCAGAUUAUUAGCACAAGAGCCCAGUCCUGCCCCCUUCCCUCAACAUUACCCAUCAUAUCCACUUGCAAACAGGUUUCCCUCAUUACCCGGCCCUUACCUUAAUCAUCCACCUCCUCCUUUCCCACAUAUGCCUCCAAACAUCCCUCCCCCCAUGCCACCCCCUAUGUUCCCUCCUCAUCCAAUCCAUGUUCCCAGCCAACCACCUCCCAGUCUGCAUGUAAAUCCGGCAUUCUUUCCCCCAGUACAUGACGGGCACAACAGCCAAGCUUACAGCCAGCAAAAAAACACACCUCGAAAUACAGAUAGAGAUUUUGAGGACCUGAUGAACAGAAAUAAAGCCGUUGCCAGCAGUGCCAUCAGCAAAGCUGUGUCUGGAGCAACAGCUGGAGACUUGCGGGUUGCCAUGGAGACUCUAUUAACUGCCAUUGCCAUCAUUAAGCAGUCCAGAGUGUAUGGAGAUGAACGCUGCCAAGCCCUGGUCACCUCACUGAAGGACUGUCUGGUCUCUAUCCAGGGCAACCAAGGCUACAGGAGUAGCAGUCGUUCUGGGGAAGACGAAAGAGACCGGGACAGGGGUCGCGACAGAGAGCGUGAAAGAGAACGUGACCGAGAAGAUUCUUCUGGUUGGGAAGCUGCAGGAGCGUCUCGAAGACACCGACAACGCUCCAGGAGCGGGGAGAGGGAAAAGGAACGUUCCCGAGAACGGGAGAGGCAGAGAGAUUACAGAGACCGAUACCGCUAACUUGACUGAUGUCUAAGUGUGAAGCCGAUUGAAGACAAGAUUUUUUUGUUUCUGCUGUUGCAUAGAAAUCUUAAGGAAUCCAAGGUGAGAUUGAAGAUGUAUCUCAAAGUCUAAAGUGUAACUUUUUUUUGUUUUUUUCACCUGUCUGUACAUACUGGGACUUUUACCUGUUUUAAAAAAUAAAUGUGGUUGUAGAUUUAAUGCUGGAGCAUCAGAUUCCAAUGCUUGCAUGUGCAGGAACACCUCUUAAUAACUUAUGAAUUACAGUGUACUGUUAUCAUUUUCUUUUGUAUUAAAUCUAUAGAAUAAAAACACAUUCCCUGAAAAUAUUAUGUUUUUCCUGACAUGUAUUUUCAUUUACCGGUAAGACAGCAAAACUAUUUGAACUUGAAGCAGUCGAAACACUUUUUGUAACUGAAUACCUAAAUUACUAUUGAUGUACUGUAUGAUUCUGACACCUGUACUGCAGAAUCUAAGACGGCAAUUAAAUUUUAUGAUGUCU